UGACCGUGGAGGGCACCGGGGAAGAAUCAUGGGUUUAAUAUUCACGAUAUUUAUUUACUGGUCUCUAAGUGCAGGAGUGUGGAGUGUCCAUCAGAUCCAGUGGCUGCCCUGCUACUUCAUUGAUGAGCGUGUGUUUUUGAAUAAGGACAACCACACAGAGACUCGGCUCAUCCACAGAGAGGCUAUACUUCAGUUUGGUCAAAAAGGAGAUGUUCCUGUUAACCCAAACGCCAUCACUUUCCUGAUCACCAGAUCAAAGUUGGAUCUGCUGCAGUAUGUGGAGGGGGUGGAGGCAGAGCAGCUGAAGUGUGAGCUGCACAGAUACAGCACAGAGGGCGGUUAUGUCCGCUGGCCUGUCCUCGGUGCCCGGGAGUACAACCACUGGUUUACCUGCAUCCUCAGACACAGCAGGGGCCUCUUCACCAUCACCAGCUUCCUCAGGCGCCCCUUCGACCAGCCUCCCCCAGGACGGCCAGACUACCACAAAUGGCCCCCCAUCCCUAACAGAGAGGUACUCACCACCACAGUCGCCAUGGUCAUCAAAACACAGACUCCCUCAGUUAAAGCACGCCUGAAGUACCAGCAAAAGCUCCACUGCCAGUUUGAUGUCGACCACAAGGGUGCAAAGGUCACUGUGGAGUGGCACAAGCAGCACCACGGUGAGAGGACCAAGCUCUUCAGUUACAACAGGCGCACAGGACAGACCCAGGGAAGUGGUGUUGGACUACGUGCCUUUGCAGCUGGAGAUGCCUCCUACACCCUCGCCUCCACCACGAUGAUCAGUGAAGGGACCUACAUUUGUUCAGUGUCCGUGAAUCCACUAUUCGCCAGGGUGGAUAUAAAUCUGCAGAUUGAAGAGCCUCCCCAUGUCUCCCUCAAUGUGGGACCCAGUCUCUCACUAGUGGAGGGUAACAAGAGGAAGAUUGUGUGUGAGGCAAACAGCUACUACCCUCGGGAUGUGGAGAUAAUUUGGUACAAGCAGGAUCCAGUCGUGUUGGACGCGCCACAUCCCAGGUCACUGGAGAAUGUAAUCCUUUCCUACCACAAAGAAAAUCGGGACAUGACCUUCUCGUUGUCGGGCUUCUUCAACCUCCAGGCUUCGCUCAGGGACUCUGGGAAAAGGUUCACAUGCAGCGUUUCGCAUCAGUCCCUGAAAGUGCCCAUCACAAAGAGCUUCACCCUGAUUGUGGAAGAGCCAACCAACUGGAUGUUGUACCUCGCUGUGGGCUCUGUUAUGAUCCUGCUGUUGUAUGUGAAGCGGCGCUACCUGCACUCAGCAUGGAGAACGUUAGCAGGUAAGGCGAUAUAAAAACAAACAAACUGGAGGACUGGGAUCAGAGCGAGAGGAUGUGGCCCCAUUCUCAACACACAAGGCAAGCUGGCAAACUCUCCUUUCUGGGGCCCCCAUGUAGAGUGAAAGGUAGAUUUGUGUCGAUGUGUAAACUCCUGCAUGUAUGAAUGUAAAACAGUGCAAUAACAUUAAAACUACUGAAGAUUACGGGUUAGCAGCUGCUGAGCCAGUGGAUUCAGGAGCCAGGACUGAUUCUUCUGAUGCACGAGACACUUUUUGGACUA